AUGGCUUCAAUUUCAGGACCCGAGAACCCGUCGCCGAACAUAUACAUACCGCCGGAAUGGUCCUCCGCCGCCGAAGCCGUCGCACACGGCUCCCUCACUUCGCUGCCGCCUAUUGUCUUAGUCUGCGGCGCCAAGAACUGCGGAAAGUCCACCUUCUCCCGCUACCUCCUCAACACUCUUCUCCUCCGGUAUAAGAAAGUUGGGUACUUGGAUACUGAUGUUGGUCAACCUGAGUUUAGUCCUCCUGGGUUUCUAUCUCUCACUGUGGUAGAUGAAGUUACUCCAGAUUUGACAAUCCCACAUAUGAAGACGGCAGAGAGAUGUUUGUUCUUUGGCGAUGUUUCUUCGAAAAGAAAUCCAACAACAUACUUAAAUUGCAUAUUUGCUUUAUAUGAUGACUAUCGCAAGGAGUAUUGCAACAGUGAUGAUUCGAGUAAUAUUGGAUUGCCUCUCGUUGUGAAUACACCUGGAUGGGUGAAAGGUAUUGGUUAUGAUCUUUUGGUGGAUAUGCUAAAGUAUAUUUCCCCUACCCAUGUUGUUAAAAUAAACAUAUCUGCUCAGAGUAAGAAUCUACCAGAUGGGGCAUUCUGGUUAGAUGAGGAUUAUGAUGGUAUGAUAAAUCUAACAGAGAUCAGUUCAGCUCGCCAGGACUCUUUGAAUAGAUCGGUUCUAGUCCAAAAGGAUGCAAGGCUUCUGCGCGAUAUACGUUUAAUGGCUUAUUUCAGGCAGUGCUUUUCAAGUAACUUGAACAUUUCUACAAUCAAAGAACUAGCUCAUGCUUUGGCAUCUCACCCUCCUUAUGAAGUUCCCAUAUCUAGCAUUAAGAUUAGACAUCUCCAUUGUCAGGUUCCAGGUACUGAGAUCUUCUACAGUUUGAAUGGAAGCAUUGUUGGCUUGGCCGCUAGCUCUGAAGGCCCAAAAGAUUUACCUUGGUGUUUUGGUCUUGGAAUUGUGAGGAGCAUUGACACACUCAAAGGCUUGCUAUAUGUUAUAACACCUGUUCCACAAGGCACUCUGGAAAAGGUCAAUCUUCUGCUGCAGGGUUUUAUCCAAAUUCCUACCAGUUUAUUGCAGGUCCAGGGGAGCAGAUCUCCUUAUAUGUCUGCAAAUGUUUUGUCUUCAGGCUAG